ACUCACCACACCAUAAUCCCAAGUUAAGCGGUGAGAAAGAAACAUAUACACCAUCUUUCACAGACCAAAAAUUCACACAACAUCAAAAUUCACACAGCAUAAAAAUUCACAAUUAACACAAACAGCAAGUAGCCACCUAAGAAGGGAAUGAAGUGGUCUGUUUUCUUUUUUCAGAACUCAGAAAAAAGUGAGAAGAGCCACGGCGAGGGGAGAAGAAUUUCAGUGAAGUCUUACCGGGGUGAAGAGCGGCCGAGGGGAGCGACGACAAGGCGAGCCGCGGCAAGGUGAGCCACAGCAACGUGAGCGAUGGUAAGAGCGAGCUAUCAAUGGCUGGAGAGAGGAUAGAACCGCGAGCAGAGACAGUGGCGAUCUUCGCGAGCAGAGGUGACGAACUGACGAACUACGACGACACUGCGAGUCAGGCGACGGCAACGGUUGAUGGUGAGUGCUCCGCGGAGCUUGGGGCUGCUAGGGUUUCUCCUUGAGGAUGCAGAGACGAGCCUUGGGUACCUGGUGCUGGCCUGCUGGUUGUGAGCGGGUUGUGGCAGCAUGGUUCAGAAAACCGGGCUGGCCGGUCAGAUCGGGCCGAGAUCUGGCCGGUUCAACUGAAACGACGUCGUUUGUAGCUUAUAAAAAAAAGAGCUACCUUCUACAAUCUGCUUCCAGCCCCUUCGCCCAUCCCCUUCCGCUUCUCCAAUCUGCUUCCUUCUCAAAACACUAGCCUCCAUCGCCGCCGCCCGUCCGUCGCAUUGAGGAGCUUCUUUCUCCGUCCUGUCGGCUUCUCCAAUUGUCUUAAGUCUUCGUCUUUUACCCUGUUCGCUCUCACCAACUUCGUCUUCAUCUUCUCCAAUCGUCUUCCGCUUCCUCUCGAGGUCAACUGCUCUUCGCCAUACUCUUCCAAACUUCUCAGAUCGAAGGUCAGUGCUUUGAAGAUAUCGUUAUUGAAAGCGUUUUGUGUUUUGAAGAUAUUGUUCUUCGUCAUACUCUGCAGAUGAUUGAUGAUCAAGAUCUGGGUUUCUUUGCCAAUUUCCUUGGCAUCUUCAUCUUUGUACUGGUGAUAGCUCACCAUUUUGUUAUGGCUGAUCCAAAGUAUGAAGGGAACUAGGAUAUUGUUAGGGUAGAAAGAAAGAAAGAUGUCGGGGCAAACACAGCGUCUGAAUGUUGUCCCCACGGUGACGAUGCUGGGAGUGGUGAAGGCUCGUUUGGUUGGAGCCACACGUGGUCACGCUCUCCUAAAGAAGAAGAGUGAUGCACUUACUGUGCAGUUCAGGCAGAUCCUGAAGAAGAUUGUGUCUACCAAGGAAUCAAUGGGUGACAUCAUGAAGACCUCUUCUUUUGCACUGACCGAGGCAAAGUACGUUGCUGGUGACAACAUCAAGCAUGUUGUGCUCGAGAAUGUUCGAGAGGCCUCCCUCAAGGUCCGGUCCCGGCAGGAGAAUGUUGCUGGCGUUAAGCUUCCCAAGUUCGAGUACACCAAUGACGGCGAGGUUAACAAGAAUGACCUCACUGGAUUGGCCCGGGGUGGACAGCAGGUGCAGCAGUGCCGAGCUGCUUACAUCAAGGCAAUUGAGGUCCUUGUGGAGCUUGCCUCUCUUCAGACAUCCUUCCUCACACUUGACGAGGCAAUCAAGACUACAAAUCGGAGGGUUAAUGCCCUUGAGAAUGUGGUGAAGCCUAGGUUGGAGAAUACCAUUAGUUAUAUUAAGGGAGAGUUGGAUGAGCUAGAAAGGGAGGAUUUCUUUAGGUUGAAGAAGAUCCAAGGAUAUAAGAAGAGGGAAAUCGAGAAGCAGAUGCAAUCUGCCAAGAUGUUCGCUGAGGAACAGGUUGCUGAGAAGCUUGCAUUGCAAAGAGGUAUUUCGCUGAAUAAUGCUCAAAACAUGUUGUCUGCAGCGGCACAGAAAGAUGAGGAUAUCAUUUUCUGAGUGUAGAGCAUUGGUUUUGUUUGGUUUUCAUUGUUCUGAAUAUAAACUUGCUCUGUUGUCGUCUGCUGCCGCUGCAUCUUCCAGUGAGAAACUUCCGCUGCAUUGUACCAUGAAUAAAGGAGCUUGGUUUAUGUUCAAUUAUUUGUUUGUUAUUUAUGAACACCAUUUAUAUCAUAUUCAGAGGUAUAAUAAAGGAGCUUGGUAUAUGUUCAA